AAUGAAGUUGAUGAGUAAGUCCAGAUACGUUGGAGGAAUUCCAUUGAAUUUAGUAAAGCAGAUCGUCAAGCAAAUGUUGUUGGCAAUGGAUUACAUGCAUCAUUGUGGAGUCAUUCAUACUGAUUUAAAGCCGGAGAAUAUUUUACUUGACAUUAAGGAUAUCAAUAACAUAAUCAAGGCGAUUGAAGUGCAGAAAUUAGCCCAAUAUAGAAGAAGAUCUAGUGAUGGUGUUGCACCUAAUGGAAGAUCAAGAUUGAGUCGGGCAGGAACUGCCAUCUUCCGCAAGAAUCUGAAUGCAGCAUUUUCCAAGUCAAGAACGUUUUCAUCUUCAAGCAUGGCCCACUCUUCGUCAUACUAUAGACGUCUGAAAAACUCCAUUAAUGGGAAACACGAUUGCCCUAUUCGUACAUCCAAGCCAUUUUCUAGUUCCGUCACUUCCGAAGUUUUGUUCACUGAUUUCCAAUUUGAGGAAAGUGGCGAAAAACCCUCGUCCUUCCCCAUGAUUUCCCCAAGAAAUGGUUCUGCUAGCUCAUUAACUUACCCAUCGUCGGUUCAGAGUACUAGUAAUAUCGAUCCUGAGAUUCUGAUCAAGAUUGCCGAUUUGGGUAAUGCCACUUUUGUCAAUCAUCAUUUCACCAACCAGAUUCAAACCCGUCAGUACAGAUCGCCCGAAAUUAUUCUUGGGUACAAGAAGUGGGGGUCCUCCACGGACAUGUGGUCGAUUGGAUGUAUUAUAUUUGAGUUGAUCACUGGGGAUUUCUUGUUUGAUCCGCAUGACGGGAAGUACUUUGAUCGUGACGAAGACCACUUGGCCCAGAUUAUUGAAUUGGUUGGUGAGUUCCCUAGUGAUGAGUACUUGAUGGAUUGUAAAUCGACUUCACGCUUUUUCAAGUUGAAGAAUCCAAACGAGAUUGUGUUUAAGAAUAUCGAUUCGUUGAAAUAUUGGGGCUUGCAUGAUGUCCUUGUGGAAAAGUACAAGUUUGACAAGAAUGAUGUUCAGGUCAAGUUGAUUAGUGAUUUCAUAUUAAAGUGUCUUAAGUUUGAUUUAAAUGAGCGUUAUGAUUGCGGAUCAUUGUUGAAGCAUCCUUGGUUGCAGGACAAUGUUGAUGUUAAUGAGUUGGAUUUGGCCAAUUUGCCAAAUGUACAUGAUGAGUUACCGGGAUAUACAAGUAUCUGUAAAUAGAGGGAGCUCUCUAUGUUUGUUUUUAUUUAUAUAUUGUUUUUAGGGUGGGUAUUUAAGGUAUUAUAUAAUAUUACGAGUUAUCAUGUAGUGAAUGUGUGCUGCUUGAGCAUGUGUAAUGUUAUUGGGUUUUCUGAUUCUGAAAGAUCAAGGUUGGUGUCGUAGUCGGAGUCUAUAGUUGGGUCGCGUACGACUUGAAUGUGUAUGUGUUUUUGAGAGUUGUCCAGCUCAUCUGACAGUGAGUCUUCUUCUUCUUCUUCUCCUCCUCCUUCUUCAUCAACCAGGUGGUCCAGUUCUUGCCCAUCUUCCUGUUCAACUGCUUCUUUCUGUAUCGGUAUAUCUUCAACUUCCUUCAGGGCGACUUCAGUACUUAAACUCUUAUCUUUGAGAACAUCAUGAGCAGACCUAAUCGUAAACUCAUCAUCGUCAUCGUCAUCAUCGCUCUCAUCGUACCUAACCACAACCUUUGAUUUCUUGACCGGUCUUUCUACUUCCAUUACUUCCUUCUCCUCCUUCUUCAAAUCAUCAAAAUACGAAGUGAUAACCUCACUAGAAACAAUCAGAACUGGGAAAACAGGAACACCUUCAUUGUCCAACUCACCAUCGGCGAUUGUUUUGAUUGUAUACAACGACUCAGUCCCAACGACGAUUCCAAGGGGCACGUAUUGCCCAGUCAACUCCGGUGAAUCAUUCAAGACGAUAAAGAAGCCAUCUACCGAGUUAUGAUUCUUUGAAUCGCGUAAUGCGGCAAGAGUGCCUCGUUUGAACUUUAUCCUGCUAUGGAACUCAUCGGCGAUGUCGUAAUUUACCGAUGUUGGGGACACCGUGAUAGAAGUGGAUGAUGGUGUGAAUUGUAAGCUGGUGUACUUCUGGUUGAGAAUAUGUGUAAGGAAUUGGCGAGCUGUCUGCGGUGUUUCCCUGGCAUAGAGAUCGAUCUCUAGAGGUCCCUUUGUGGUUUGGAUUCGUG